CGGGCUCCCUCGGGCGCGAGUGCCGCGUAGCAAAUCCAGGCAGUGCCACGCGCGGCCGGGGCCGGGCGGAACCAAGAACAAGCAGCGCCCGCGCUGCGACGCACUGCCCGCAUGGAGCCUGCCGCCGGCUUCCUGUCUCCGCGCCCCUUCCCGCGUGCGGCCGCCCCGCCAGCGCCCCCCGCCGGGCCCGGGCCGCCCGAAAGUGCCAUGCCGGGACCUGAGCCGCGACCCGAACCGGAGGUGCUGGCUGGGCCGCCGGCGCCGGACCCUGGGCGCCUCAUCACGGAUCCGCGCACGGGCCGCACCUACUUCAAAGGCCGCCUGUUGGGCAAGGGGGGCUUUGCUCGCUGCUAUGAGGCCACUGACACAGAGACCGGCAAUGCCUACGCGGUCAAAGUCAUCUCGCAGAGCCGCAUUACCAAGCCGCAUCAGCGAGAGAAGAUCCUAAAUGAGAUUGAACUGCACCGCGGCCUACAGCACCGCCACAUCGUGCGUUUCUCGCACCACUUUGAGGAUGCUGACAACAUAUACAUUUUCCUGGAGCUCUGCAGCAGAAAGUCCCUGGCCCACGUCUGGAAGGCCCGGCAUACCCUGUUGGAGCCAGAGGUACGCUACUACCUUCGGCAGAUCCUUUCGGGACUCAAGUACUUGCACCAGCGGGGCAUCUUGCACCGAGACCUCAAGUUGGGAAAUUUUUUUAUCACUGAGAACAUGGAACUGAAGAUGGGGGAUUUUGGGCUGGCAACCCGGUUGGAGCCCCCGGAGCAUAGGAAGAAGACCAUCUGUGGCACCCCCAACUAUGUGGCUCCAGAAGUGCUGCAGAGGCAGGGCCAUGGCCCUGAGGCGGAUGUGUGGUCCCUGGGCUGUGUCAUGUACACACUGCUAUGUGGCAGCCCCCCUUUUGAGACAGUUGACCUGAAAGAGACAUACCGCUGCAUCAAACAGGUUCACUACACUCUACCUGCCAGCCUCUCAUUGCCUGCCCGGCAGCUCCUGGCCGCCAUCCUUCGAGCCUCACCCCAAGACCGUCCCUCAAUUGACCAGAUCCUGCACCAUGACUUUUUUACCAAGGGCUACACUCCUGACCGGCUCCCUGUCAGCAGCUGUGUGACAGUCCCAGACCUGACACCCCUUAACCCAGCUAAGAUUCUAUUUGUCAAAGUUACCAAGAGCCUCUUUGGGAGGAAGAAGAACAAGAAUAAGAACCAUCCUGAGGAGCGGGAUGAGGUCUCCUGUUUGGUGAACGGCCUCAGUCGGGUGUCCAUUGGUCAUCAGGAUGCCAGGCCCGAGGCUCCAGUAGCUUCAGGCCCAGCACCCCCAAGCCUGGUAGAGACACCACCUGAAGACAGUUCACCCCGUGGGACACUGGCGAGUAGUGGAGAUGGGUUUGAAGAAGGUCUGACUGCGGCCACAGUGGUGGAGUCAGCCCUCUGUGCUCUGAGAAACUGCCUGGCCUUCAUGCCCCCAGCUGAACAGAACCCAGCUCCCCUGGCACAGCCAGAGCCUCUGGUGUGGGUCAGCAAGUGGGUUGACUACUCCAACAAGUUUGGCUUUGGAUAUCAACUGUCUAGCCGCCAUGUGGCUGUGCUCUUCAACAAUGGCACACACAUGGCCCUGUCAGCCAACAGAAAGACUGUGCACUACAACCCUACCAGCACUAAGCACUUCUCCUUCUCUGUGGGUGCUGUGCCUCGGGCCCUGCAGCCUCAGCUGGGUGUUCUGCGGUAUUUCGCCUCCUACAUGGAGCAGCGCCUCAUGAAGGGUGGAGAUCUGCCCAGUGUGGAAGAGGUAGAGGUGCCUGUCCCCCCACUCCUGCUGCAGUGGGUCAAGACUGAUCAGGCCCUACUCAUGCUGUUUAGUGAUGGCACCGUCCAGACUAACAGACAACAGGCCUCCCAAGCUACUCCUCCUGCCUACUCCUGCCCCAGCCCACCCAUGGAGAUGCCAGGACUGGUUGUGCACGGGGAGGCUGCAUCCUUCUCCACAGCACUCCGAAGCCUCGUCAACAACCCCCUAUACAGUGAUGUUCGCUUUGUGGUUGGUCAAGAACGGCAGGAGGUGUUUGCCCACCGAUGCUUGUUGGCAUGUAGAUGCAACUUCUUCCAGCGACUUUUGGGCUCAGAGCCAGGCCCUGGGGUGACUAGCCCCGUGGUGCUAAGCGCAGUGCCAGCUGAGGCCUUCCUGGCAGUGCUGGAGUUCCUGUACACCAACAGUGCCCAGCUGCACCGCCACUCUGUGUUGGAGGUGCUGACAGCAGCUGUGGAGUAUGGGCUGGAGGAACUGCGAGAGCUAUGCCUAGAGUUUGUGGUGAAGGUGCUGGAUGUGGAGCUGGUUUGUGAGGCCCUGCAGGUUGCCGUAACCUUUGGCCUGGGACCGUUGCAGGAGCGUUGUGUAGCCUUCAUAGAGGCUCACAGCCAGGAGACCCUCCGCACCCGCGGUUUCCUGGAGCUGUCGCCGCCUGCAUUGCUGCCUCUGCUGCGUAGCGACAAGCUCUGCGUGGACGAGGCCGAGCUGGUCCUGGCAGCCCGGAGUUGGGCGCGCGUGGGCGCGGCGGUACUGGAGCGGCCUGUGGCUGAGGUGGCUGCCCCGGUGGUGCGGGAGCUGAGACUGGCCUUGCUGGCCCCGGCAGAGCUGAGCGCCCUGGAAGAGCAGAAUCGCCAGGAGCCUCUCAUCCCGGUGGAGCAGAUCGUAGAGGCGUGGAAGUGCCACGCUCUGCGGAGAGGAGAUGCGGCUCCGGGCGCCCCGUGCCGCCGCCGGAGGGGCACUCUGCCCCGGGAGCAUCACCGCUUUCUGGACCUGCCCUUUAAGUGACCAAAGGCCGCGCGACUUGAGAGGAAUUUUGAGCCUCGCCCAAACUACAAAUCCCGAUACGCUGUGCGCUCGGAGCGGACUUCCGCUCCCAGAAUGCCCGGCGAGCGGGUCGCUGGAGGGACGGCUGUGGGCCACGCGCAGGCGCUGUGGGUGAGGCUCCGGGGGAGGGCGGGCCAGAGUGGCGUGGUGUUGUAUUGGGUCUUGUCCUGCAGGCUCGCGCAAAACCCCCAAACGGCUUCUUUCACGCGGUGCUCUGGCUCUACAGCGGGUCCCUAGGCACUCUCGCCCGCCCGGUUUACUCUCGUAACACCCACAUAACUUUUCUGCUCGUCCGCUCUUUAAUUCCAGACCUGCCUUUUGGAGAUCUCUCUCUCUCUAAAUGCCUCACAGACACCUCAGACUCAGUCCAGAAUUGACCCCCUCUUCAUCUCUCCCCAGUUCUGUCCCCAUCGUGUUUCUCAUCUCCUUGGGUGCCCAAGCCAGAAAGCGAGAGUUCAUCCUUGCUUUAUUCCUCUUCUUCAUGUCUGCCUCCCGUGGUUUCUAGUUUUUAAGAGACUGAAAGGUAGCAAAAUAUGCCACCGCAACGUGUGCCUUUAUGGCAUAGGAUUAUUUUAAACUGGUUAUUUUGAGAAAAAGGAGAAGCUCUUAAAGCAGAGAGCUUUUAAACCUCUUUUGUAAGGGAAAUUUUAUAAAGGAAAUCUCCAUUUGUAAGGGUGUCUCCUUCUCUGUACCAGGAGAAGGAUGACUAAACUCUCAGGAAAAUCUUAAGGUGAAGUCACCCACUGAGAUCUGCUUAAUAAACCUUACCCUUGCUUUCGGUGCUUUUUCCUGAGGGCCUUCCCAUAACUGGCCUCCCCACGCUUUCCUCUCUUUUGUCUUUAGCUGAAGGUGGUAUUUAAGCAGGUAUUUUAGGUCAUCUCAGGGAGUUACUAAUUUUCCCCUGGGUAUCCCCCAUGUAUACAUGAGACAUACAUUUUAAUAAACUUUUUUUUUCUUGUUAAUCUGUUUUAUUACAGAGGUCCCAGCCAAGAGCUUAGAGGGUAGAGGGAGAAUUAUUUUUCCUCCCCUACAAAAUCCUCCCACUUGGUUCAGUUCUCUCAGCCCGGUUCAGCCGGUCCUAUCUGUGGCAGGAUUACUGCAGCAGGCUCUUAAUAGUCUUCCUGCCUUCGCUUCAGAGGCACUCCUCCCAACUAUUUGAACCAUUUCCCACACUGCUGCUAAACUUGCCUAAGAUUGUUAGCCCUACUCUUGUUGAAUUCUUCAACAUCCCCACUGCCCUCAAGAAGAAAUAUAGUCGAUUUCACUUUCAGGGUACUCAAAGUUACUAGUGGUUCCAAACAUUAGCAACUCUUCUCCCAACUACUACCUUUGCAUAAAUUUACUGGUCCUGAAGGCAAUGGUCCUCUAGCUUGGAUUUACACUCUUGGCUAUUGAAGACUCCCCAUGUUCCCUCUUUCAUUUGUUAUACAUUUUGUUUUCCUGAGGAUCUGAAUGUCCCUGGAGAAAGAUCUGUGGGUCCUGGAGUGGUACCUUAUUUGUUUCUGCUUUCCCAGUCCCUGUCACAUAAUCAGUGCUCUGUAAAUGUUCAGUGAUGACUUUAUUUAUUUAUUUAUUUAUUUUUUCUUUGAAAUGUUAUUGAGUGGUAGCGAAUGCAUGAAUAAUGAGCACUUUAGUUUCCUUUUUUUAGAGGGGGAGUUAAUUAGGUUUAUUAAUUUUGUUUUUCAAUGGAGGCACUGGGGAUUGAACCACUGAGCUAUACCCUCCUCCCUGUUUUCUUUUUCUUUUUCAUUUAAGUAUAGUCAGUUACAAUGUAUCAAUUUCUGGUGUACAGUUUUCUUAUUUAAAUGCUAUCUUAUUUUGUAAAGAGUUUAAAGGAGCUGUAAAACAAGAUACUAUCAAUGUAAAAUUAGGGACAACUGACUAUUUGGAAAAAAUAAAGUUAUUCUUCUGUCUCAGGGAUUUUAUACAAAAAUAUGUUACACAUGGAUUAAAGAUAGUUA